CGACAAUAUAUUUUUCAAUCUAUACAGAUAUACAGUACAUAAAAUAGCUUGACUAUCCCGUUAUCAUCCUUCAAAAUUUUUUAAAAAUGACGGAAUCUGAACUCGAUCUGAAUGACACUUUGGAACCGGAAGCCGACGCUGUCAACGCCAAAGCACCAUGUGAAUCUCAGCAGUCUCGAUCACGAGGUCCACGAGUUCCACCAUUUACGGACCAGCAACACCGCUUUAUUAUCACCAAGCGACUAACCAUGAACGAUAAAUUCAACAACUGCAAACACAAGCGGCAGUAUUGGGAAACUAUAACUACGGAAAUGAAAGAAAUCUGGCCUGAACUGCCGCAUACCUAUGCCCACGUCCAAAAACAGUACGACAACUCUUUUACCACCUACAAGAGGGAGAAACAGGAACACUCCGGCACCGGAACUGAACCGUCUGAAUGGCCGUUCUUCGAAUUGUUUGACUCAGUUUUGCAUUACCGCAAAGACGUCAGCUUGGAAAAUACACAUGGACGAAAACGGUCGUUUAAAGAAAGCAUACGCGACAUUAUUCCGGCAAACCGCGGAGCGACGGGAUUGCCGGAAACGGACGACAUAUCCGCUAUGUGCGGGUAUGAUCCCGUCAUUGAACAGGAAGAACGGGAGGCAGCAACCGCACCUUGGCGCAUCAAAUCUACGCCACCAGAAAAGAAACUCCGACCGGAUGUUCGUGCACAGUUGAUGGGUAAGCUGGAAGCGCAAUCAGAAAAAUCGGAUGAAAGAAUUGCUUCGCUGCGACUACUGCUAGCGGAAGAUCGCGAAGAGCGCGCACAAGCAAACGCCGUGGUGAUCGAGGAGUGCAAGAAAAACCGGGAGACAAGUGAAAAGCUGAUGAACAAAAUUGAUCAGUGGUUAAAGAUUGGCGGUUUCAGUACUGAUAGUGAGUAAUUGUACAAAACGUUUUCACGCAUGAGCAUAUUCUAAGCGCGCUACAACUACAGUUAACAUUUGAUCGUAAAAACAUUUAAUGAGAUCUUGUUGGUUGUUUUUCGGACGUUCUAAGUAUGCAUACUAUACUACGAAAUUUUAGUUUCUGGGCUGCAAUAGCAUUUUUCAAACAUUUAUUAUACACUCACGAUGGUUGCUUGCUCAUGCUUGUUGCAUUGUUCGAUGAUUUUGGUUUACGAUAAACGACGUUACAAAAACACGUAUUGGGUAU